CCUUACCCGGUCACCAUGUGCACCUCAGAAACGUUCCAAGCCUUGGAUGCCUUUGAAGCCCGAAGUGAUGACAUCGUGCUAGCAUCCUAUCCGAAGUGCGGUUCAAACUGGAUUCUUCACAUUAUUAGGGAGUUAAUAUUUGCUGAUUCUAAAAAAAAGUAUGAAUAUCCAGAAUUCCCGGUUCUUGAAUGUGGGGACCCAGAAAAAUAUCAGAGAAUGAAACAGUUUCCGUCACCAAGGAUUUUGGCAACUCACCUCCAUUACGACAAAUUACCUGGGUCCAUCGUCAAGAAUAAAGCCAAGAUGUUGGUGAUAUUCCGAAACCCUAAAGACACAGCAGUAUCUUUCUUCCAUUUCCACAAUGACGUCCCUGAUAUUCCAAGCUAUGGCUCUUGGGAUGAAUUCUUCAGACAGUUCAUGAAAGGACAAGUUUCUUGGGGAAGCUAUUUUGAUUUUGCAAUUAAUUGGAACAAACAUCUUGAUGAUGAAAAUGUUAAGCUCAUAUUAUAUGAAGACCUGAAAGAGAAUCUGGCUGCUGGGAUAGAACACAUCGCUGAGUUCUUUGGGUUCUCGCUCACUGGGGAGCAGAUUCAGACGGUUUCUGCUCAGAGCACCUUCCAGGCGAUGAGAGCCAAGUCCCGGGAGACGCACGGGGCCGUGGGCCCGUUUCUGUUCCGCAAAGGUGAAGUUGGUGAUUGGAAACAUCUGUUCAAUGAAACUCAGAACCAGGAAAUGGAUCAAAAAUUCAAAGAGUGCUUAGCAGGCACAGCCCUAGGAGCAAAGUUGAAGUAUGAAUCAUAUUGCCAAGCUUGA